GUGCAUUUCAGAAUAAUGUUACAAAACUUUACAUUACUUCGAGCUACUAUAUCCAAGGAUCAGAGAUUGAGAUCCGUCAAAUCCGUUCUUCUCUGGGUUAGGCGGAAUUACUCCAGCAAUCAAAAUGAUUUUGCCGUCAUUUCAUUUUACAAGUUUACACAGUUAAAUAAUCCAAGAUCGUUGGUUGAGUUGGUAAGAUCCCACCUGGAGCAGAUAGAUGCCAAGGGACGGAUUUAUGUGAACAAGGUUGGGAUAAAUGCUCAGAUGUGUUUACCCUCCGAACACCAGAAACAGACUGAAAUCUUCUUCUGUGAUAAUAUCUGUGAAAAUAUAGAUUUCAAAACCCAGUUUUCAGACUUUCAAGUUUUUAACCGACUCAGAAUUCGGCACGGGAAACUAUUGGAAGGAUUGGAUGAAAAUUUUGACUCGAAAAGUUGUGGAGAUCAGCUGACUGCUAGAGAGUGGAACUUGAUGAUGGAGAAUAAAGACGAGAACACCGUCCUCCUCGACGUCAGGAACAAAUACGAGUGGGAGAUCGGACACUUCAAGGACAGUGUGAAACCAGAAUUCAGGACGUUCAAUGAGUUCCUGAAUUAUGCCGAGAAAAUCUCGAAUACGAUAAAUAAGGAUAAGAAAAUAAUGAUGUACUGCACUGGAGGAAUCAGAUGUGAACUGUUCUCCUCUGUACUAAAGAAUAAAGGAUUUGAGAAUGUUUAUCAACUUAAGGGAGGUAUACUGGAGUACGGAGCACAAUCUGAAACCAACCAAUGGAGAGGAAAACUCUUUGUAUUUGAUGAUAGAUUAGUUGUUCCAAUAUCUGAGAAUACAGGAUCUGAAGAUGAGAUCAUUAGUAAAUGCAGCCACUGCGGUGCACCCGCAGACACCUGCUACAACUGUAACAACAUCUCCUGCAACAACGUGUUCACCGCCUGCGUGGAUUGUGCGUUCAAGUUCUCUGCUUCCUGCUCCGAAGCUUGCUGCGAAGCAUCUGGGAAGAAAUUAGACAAGUUCUUGCGCAGAAAUAAAUCACAGUUAAACUAUAAAAAUACUGUUGGAAGGGGGAAACAUUUUAGAGAUAUUGCCAAACAAUUCGGUGUAACUAUUCAUUAAUAUUUCAGA